CAAGGCGUGAUGAGAUUUUCCAGGUCGACCUGCCAGCUGGACUCCCGCCGAGCCGACUCGAGGACCACUGCAUCAAGCUGGAACCCGGCGCCCAACCGACGGUACAGCGACAAUUUUGGCUCAGCCAACCAAAAAUUGAGGAACUACAGCAGAAGUUGGAUUACAUUCUCACGAAGGGAUUUAUCCGGCUCAGCACGUCCCCAUACGCUACCGCGAUACUGUUCACGCCGAAGAAGGAUGGAGGCUUCAAAAUGUGUAUCGACUACCGCGCGCUCAACCGGAUCACCAUCGAGUCGCGUUACCCGAUCCCAAGAGCCGACGAACGUCUCGACCAACUUCGAGGCGCCAAGUUUUUUUUUCUCGAAAAUCGACUUACGAGGAGGUUACCAUCAGAUUCACGUCGUAGCCAAAGAUUGUUACAUGACGACGUUUUGCAUCCGCUACGGCAGUUACGAGUACCUGGUGAUGCCUUUUGGCCUCAUGAACGCGCCCUCAACCUUCCAAAUGACCAUGAACAGAAUUUUCAAGGAACUCUUGGACAAAUGCGUCAUCAUCUUCCUCGGCGAUAUCCUAAUAUACAGACGUAGCCGGGAGCAGCACUUACAGGAUCUUGAUGCAGUCUUCACGCUGCUGCAUAAGAAUCGCCUCAUCACUAAGGGGUGUAAGUGCGCUUUUCUUAAGCAUGAGUUGGACUUUCUGGGCCACAUCGUCUCUACGGACAGAGUGAAAAUCGACCCCAAGAAAAUCAAGACCCUACAAGAAUGGAAGCCGCCAAGCAACAUCAAGGAGCUGCAGAGUUUUUUGGGCUUCGUCAACUACGUCCGCCGGUUUAUCCCCAAUAUGGCUGGGUUAUCUGCCUCGCUAACUGAACGCCUAAAGGAUCACAAUUGUUUUUGGUGGGGAGAGAAGCAGCAAGCUUCAUUUGACCAACUGAAGACCGCCUUCACGUUGCCACCCAUCCUUCGCAUCUCCGAUCCUGUCCGUCCAUACGAAGUCAUCACCGACGCCAGCGACAUCGCCAUCGGUGCAGUUCUCAUACAGGAUUUCGGCGGCGCAUUACAGCCGGUCCCCUACGAAUCACGGAAGCUGCAGGGCGCAGAGAAAAAUUAUACAGUACAUGACAGGGAAAGGUUGGCGAUCGUCCACGCAUUCAAGACCUGGUGGUGCUACCUAACAGGUGCUGACGUCACCGUGCGGACCGACCACAAAUUCCUCCAGAACCUGCGAGCCCAACCGAAUCUCCCACAAAUCCAUCCAUUUUUUCCCUCAGUGUAUUACUGGCCGAACAUGGCCGACGACGUCCGCAAGUACGUGUCCUCCUGCACCGUUUGCCAGAUCAUGAAAUCAUCCCAUCAGCGAGCAGCUAGACUCCUACAGCCGCUGGAUCCGCCCGAGAGACCCCCGCAGGACGUCACGAUGGACUACAUGACAGGACUGCCGGCCGGUCCCAGCACAAACGACGCCAUCCUUGUGGUCGUUGGCCGACUCAUGAAAAUGGAACACUUCAUCGCCUGCCAACAGAAAAUUACAGCCGAGCAAACUGCCCAGCUGUUCAUCGCCAACGUCAUCAAACUGCACGGACUGCCCACAGCCAUUAUUUCAGGCCGAGACCCGAAAUUCACAUCGAAUUUCUGGCGCGGCACCAAACUACAGUUUUCUUCCGCCUACCACCCACAGACUGAUGGGCAGACUGAACGAGUCAACCAAGCAAUAGAGCAACUCAUUCGGACUACCUGCACGGACCCACAGACAUGCGGGAAAUCCCUUCCUCUGCUCGAAUUCGCGUAUCAUAACGCGGCUUCUGCAACAACCCAUCAAUCCCCAUUUUUCCUCAACUACGGUCAGAUCCAGUGGUACCCUCUACACCCAACAUCAAGACACCCGUGCCCCGGCAAGUGACUAGCGAAGUUGUUAAAAUAGG